ACUUUCAACAUUACAUCAAGUGUCAAAUUUUUUGGUCGGAGGAAGAGAAGGAAAAAAAAGAAGAACUUGCAUUGUACAAACCAACAGAGAGACUGGAACAGCAUUUUUUUGGUGCGAUUUGAUGAUAUUUGCUGCAACACAGCAUUGGUUUUAUUGGACAAAUUAGACAAAAACAAUGUCCGCACGAAAAGUUGUGAUUCCAUCUGGAAUGGAAAGUGAAGAGGACAGUGAUGAAUAUGAAUUCCAUUUCGGGGCAUCAAUGCAAAACAACAUAAAAAAGACCACGGAAAAUCUCAAGAUGAAAAUUGUGCCCGACAUCACGGAAAACGCUGCGCUCAACGGUUCGUCGUUUGAUGCAAGUUUAACGAGUGAUGCGGUCGAUUAUAUGAAUCGUUUACGACAAACUUGGGUAUCAUAUAAAAAGGGUGUAAUUACUAGCAAUUUUCUAAAGCAAUUCUUCAUAACACGUGCAAAUCCAUUUGUUGACGGUCUGAAAUUGUACGCCAAUUGCCAAACGGGAAAUACCGUUAAGUCAAAUACAUUGGCCUACAUUGUGGUCGAGGAAUUGCACAAAUUCAAGCACGAAAAUCAAAUCGAUGCGAACGUAUAUUUGGAUCGCAACUUGAAGAUGGUCGCGUUCAGUUUUGCACGACAAAGCAACCAUCCGACUUUUAUCAAAAUGAUGGUCACCAUUUAUGAAUUGCCACGCGAAAAGGAUAUGUUCGUCAGUAAAAUUCGCGAUAUUAUCUUCGAACACAACUACAAAGAUGCAUGUCAGUUAGCACACGAUCUGGAAAUGCACGAUGCGUUUACGAUUUUUGACUUUGUAUUCCCCUUGGUGCUACAAGACAAAAUCAACACAGCCGAACCCUACUUGGAGGGGGCAAAAUCAUUGCAACUGCCACUCAUCGAAUUGCUCGAUUCGCUACUCAACCGUUCUUCAUCCAUAGUCAACUUGUGUGAUCCAUAUAUUGCCAAAUACGGCUAUCGUGACCUUUGCGUACAUCGCUUGCAACCGAAAACCUUGUCCAAACUAAUUAAGCGACUAGCAAAACAAUACAAUUUACCCGAUGACGUGAUUCCGAAUGUGACCAAAGGGAAGGUACGUGGCCAGCUACAAUUUCUCAUUCGGAAAAAUUACUCCGAGAAAAGUUUGAGCAAAGAGGCAUGGCGUGAAAUGGUGCUGGAAAUUGUACCAAAGACUGCGGAAAAAGAUCUAAAGAUUGAACUAAUCGAUGGUUGUUCGUACAACAAUGACGUUCAUGAAGCGGCUUAUUGGGCCAGAUAUUACAAUGUUCCGACACAAGAGCUACCGCUGUUGGUACAAGACCAUAUCAAAGAAAAUCGUGAUUCGGUUCGAAAGAACUUCAACAAAAAAUGUGAUCAAAAUGAUAAUAAGCGAAAUUCACCGAAACGGAAUGAAUGUCGUGCGGCGGACACGGCUCGAUAUUAUCGUUUAAAAUUAAGCCCAUCACCAAAUUUUAUUACGUACGUCGAUCGUCGCGAUCGUUUCGAUGAAAUGCUGUGUUAUUUGUCGCGUCAGCACUUGGUGGCAUUUGAUGCCGAAUGGAAACCGAUCCAAACGACAGGCAGCGAACUGGCAUUAAUUCAGUUGGCCACCGUCGAACGGAUUUUCUUGAUUGACGUGAUUUCGACUGAUAUUACAGUCGAUUGCUGGAAUCGACUUGCCACACAAAUUUUCAACAAUUUGGAAAUUUUGAAACUUGCAUAUUCGCCCACGGCUGACUUGAAGCUGUUUCAGAAACUGAUGCCGGCUUUCAGCAAUUCGGUGCAAAUGAUGCAAUCGUACUUAGACCUACAAGCACUUUGGCAGAAGCUUAAGCAUACGCCGAACUUCAAGUUCCCAUUUGAAGACUAUGAGUCAGGUAGCGCCCUAACGAAUCUCGUCCAGUUGUGCUUCGGCAAGCCGCUAGAUAAGUCAAAUCAGUUUUCAAACUGGAACAAUCGCCCGUUGCGCGAAGAGCAAAUCAUGUAUGCAGCCCUCGAUGCAUAUUGUUUGAUUGAAAUCUAUGAACGGAUUCGAUCCCAAUACAUGUCCAUCAAGAAUCCAAUCAUUGGGUUCGAUGAAUUUGUGCAUGGGUUGUUGAUCGAAAACAAGAACAAAACCAAAAUCAGUGUGAAUAAGCGAAAUGCACAAGGUGGUGCUGGUGCUGGUGGUGCUGGUCCUGCAAACGGCAACAACAUUCCGACCGGCAAGUCUCAAUUGCGGCCAAUAUCAAACAACAAAUAUCAACAACCGCCGAAACCCCGUCCACACUAUCGGAACCGAUACGAUGAUGACAACGCACCAAAACAAUCAUUCUAACACCCAUCCAAACAUUGAACAACUCACAAAUAUUCAAGUCGUGAAUAAACAUAAUCAUUUAUUUAAAUAAAAAAAAAGAAAGUGAAGAAAUAA